CUAUGCCCUCCUCGGCGGUACAAGAUGUCAUUCUCGAACCACGAAGGAGUGGUCGCGAGAGAAAUCCAACACAACGCUACGAAUCUGUGCCCCAGCCUGCAAGCUGUGGCGCCAGAAGCUCUGUAAAGAGAAAGAGAUCAAACGCAACAGNNACAACGACAACAGUGACCAAACACAACAUGCUUCGAAGAUCCACGCGCAAGCCGCAGCUACCACAUCCAGUUCAAAAGCAACAAGUAAAAGCGAGUCAACUAAGAAGACCAUCCNAGUCCGAUGACACGAAUACCAAGCGAAUCACGAAGUCGCGUCUUGAUGGUCAAUUCAAAAACACAGGAAAUAUAAUCGAUCUUACUGGAGAUGACGAUACUCCAACGCCGUCAAAGAAGCCUAAGAAGUCUAAACCAGUCAAAGGCGAGGAGAAACGUCUCAAGCAGUNNAAGUGUAUGCGACGCCGGACAGCCUUCAGACAGCUCAUGCUUUGUAGCCACCGCACCCACGCACCGCAGAAAUAUACGACUAUUGCCUACCGCGCCACAACUCAACGUAUGGUUGUGAUUGACAGGCGUCGUUCAAACAAUGACGACUGUCCACAUCAAGCCCCGAAUUGUCCCAUGGAAGAGGUUGACCUUGCUGGCAGCACGGGCAACAUCUACACAGUCAAGAUAGCACAUGUGCCCGAGUGCACCUGCCCGGACUUUCGUGUCAGAGGGAACCCCCAAUGCAAACAUAUCUUGUAUGUCUUGCUGAAAGUUCUGAAAGUCUCAGAGCCCUUAAACUACCAAGCAGCAUUCUUGACCACAGAGCUGGAAGAAAUCUUUGACCACGCCGGACCUUUGCCUACCGAGUCAAUUCAAAUCGAAGACAAGGACGGAAAGCGUAAGCCAAUCGAAGGAGACUGCCCGAUUUGCUGCGAGGAGCUCUCUCAGGAGAGGGAAAUCAUCGUCUGGUGUCAAGCAGCCUGCGGCAACAACCUUCACAAAAUCUGUUUCGACCAAUGGGCCGCAACAAAAGGGAAUGGGCAAGUGACUUGUCCCUACUGCCGAACACAGUGGCAGAAUGCAGUCGACAGCAGCACUUUAAAGGGCUUGGUCAAGACUGGCCUCAGGAAUCGGGACGGCUACGUCAAUGUGGCAGACCAAGUCGACGUCUCUAACACUAGAAACUAUUCUACGUACCAUUAUUGGGUUCGUUCUCAGCGACGAAACGGACUGCUUGACGACGGCGAUUACGAUUACGAUUAUGAUUAUGAAGAU